GAAGUCGCGGUUUCUUUUUUUGAUCCGGUAGAGGGAGGCGGCCGGGGCCUGCGGAGGAGAGUCUAGUGCGACUCUACGGCGCAUUGCAAGAUCGCGAAAACCGCUGUCGCACGGUUGUUGGAAGCAAGAGUGAUACACGGAUACGAAUGCGGACGCGGAUCUUAUUUCUCAGGUUACCCUGGUAGCGCGUAACAAGGAACAGUGGCGCCCAUGUGGCUACUCCUGGUAGCCGCCUCGGGCGUUGCCUUGCUCGUCUUCCGCUGGCUCCUGGACAGGUCCCGCAAGCCGAGGCGCGGCGACGGAGACCUGCCUCCCGGACCGCAGGGACUACCCCUGGUCGGCUACUCCCUGGGGCUCAAGCCCCUGGAGCAGCUGGAUGCCCUCGCCCAAGAGUAUGGACCCGUGUUCAUGUUCCGCCUGCUCGGCAAGGACUACGUUCACCUCGGCUCGUACUCGGCCAUCCGCGAGGCCUACGUCAAGCUCGGAGACUGCUUCGUGGGUAGACCGCGAGACUCCACUGCCAUGGGCUACCUCCUUGAUCACCAAGGUAUCUCGAAUAGCGAAGGUCACGAGUGGACGGAGCACCGGCGCUUCGUGCUUCACACUCUGCGGGACUUCUGCUUCGGCAAGCUCAGCGUUCUCGACCGAGUCCAGGACGCGGCACACCGACUGGUCGGUGGAGUGGCGGCCCAGAGCGGUCGCCCUUUCGACCCGGAGCCGCUGAUCUUCGAGGCCGUGGUCGCCACCAUGGCCGGACUCUUGUUCGACGUCGAGUACGAAGACGAACAAGGCGCGGACAACAACGCGUCGCCGUCUGCUGCACCCAGAGCAGGCGACAAAAGUAACGAGAACGAACAACAGCAGACGGAUGGAGGGGCAGUGCCAGCAGACGACGCGACGAAAGCAGAAGACAGACGAGACGUGGCUCCGGCCGACGUCGAAGACGAAGCCGAUCUGGCCCGUCUGGUUCGCCUGGUUGCCAAGGCGACGCCGUUGCUCAACAAUGACGUACUGCCGCAGCUGUGGACGUGCGCUUCUCCCGUGGAGCUGAGUCCGGGCUUCUCGGAGCUCCAGCGUCUGAAGCGCGAGUUGGACGAGUUCUUGGAGCGGAUGAUCGCCGAUCACGAGCCCAGCCUGGACGAGUCCCGGCUCAGGGACUACAUGGACGUCUACCUGGACGAGCGCCGACGGGCCAUGGAGGAAGGAACGCUGCACAAGAGCACCUUCACCAUCCACCGACUGAAGACCAUCUGCGUGGACCUCCUUGUGUCCGGCACGGCGAGCAGCGUGGCGCAGCUGUGCUGGACGCUCAAGCUUCUGGCCCGGCACCCGCAGUGCCAGCGCCGGUGCCAGGACGAGAUGGACGCCGUGCUGGCCAGCGCCGACCAGCUAGGCUCGGUGUUCAGCAAGGACAACCUGCCUUUUACCGAGGCGUGCCUGUUGGAGAGCGCGCGCUUCGCCAGCGUCCACAUGGUCGCCGCACCCAGGACCAACGUCGAGGAGGCGUGUGUGUGCGGUUUCCGGGUUCCACCAGGAAGCCGGGUGCUGGCCAACCUGUGGCUGGCGCACAGGGACAGCGGGUUUUGGCGGGAACCGCACCUGUUCGACCCGACACGAUUCCUGGCCGAGGACGGCAGACCCGAAAGGAAGGACGCCUUCCUGCCGUUCGGACUUGGCAAGCGCGUUUGCAUCGGAGAGUCGCUGGCCAAGACGCAGAUGUUCGUCUUCGUCACGGAACUGCUGAAGCGGUUCACGUUCACACUUCCGGAGGAAUUCGCCACGCAAGACCUCAACUUCCGGCCUUCCCAGGGCACGCUGAGGUUUGCGGAGCCAUUUCAUCUAGUCGCCACGCCCAAGAUUCUUUCAACUACUUUGUGAAAAGAAAAAAAAAAUGUUUCGACAGAAAGAAAAAGAAAUAUAUUUAUAUUGAGGUUUUUUU